GUUAAAAUCGUGAAAAGUUUUAGACUCAGAAAAACGACUUAACUAACGCCUGAACUUCUACCUUAUAUCAAUCAGAACUUUUUUUAGGUAGAAAACCGAUCAAUCUAUCAAUUAAAACAGAAGCUCUGACUGAUUCUAUUUAUGGUCAAUUUAAAUUCUGCCGCAUAGAUUAACUGAUAAAUAUGGCUGGUGAUUCAGCAUCCAACAUUGAAGUGGAAGGUUUACCGAUAGGACCUAAAUCUGGCGUUAAAUAUCCAAUGGAAGUAACAUAUUGUGGAGAAUGUUCUAUGCCUUUAGAAUACUGUGAAUUUUAUCCAAAUUACGACAAAUGUAAAGAAUGGCUUCAGAAGAAUUUGCCUGAUGUCUUUGAACAGAAAAUGAAACUAGAUUCUGAACCAUCUCAAGGGGAUGAGGAGAAAAAAAGGCAAAAGAGAGGAGGCAAAGGUAUGAUGAAAGCAAAGAAAAAGACUGAAAAGGAGAAAAAGAUCUGCCUCUCGAGAGCACCACGUGGAAAGAAAAAAUUUGUGACAGUCAUAACUGGACUUAAAACAUUUGACAUAGAUUUAAAAGAUGCAGCAAAGUUCUUUUCACAUAAAUUUUCCUGUGGAUCCUCAGUGACUGGUGAUGAUGAGAUUGUUAUACAAGGUGAUGUAAAAGAUGAAUUGUUUGACAUUAUUACAGAACAAUGGCCUGAAAUUGAUGAAGACAUGAUUGAUGUCUUAGAUGAUAAAUCACGGUGAUCAAAUUGCUGUUUAGAACUGAUAAAUAAAAUUGUACUUUUUAUGUAAAGUUUUGUAUAAUAAAAAUGCUCUGAAGUAA